GUACUCAUCUGGUGAUGUUGCAUACAUACUUCCAAAGAACCCAACUUCACAUGUGGAUGAUAUCAUUCAAUAUCUUAAUUAUGAUCCAAAUAUGGUGAUCAGUGAUAUUAUACCAAUCAAUGCAGAUCAACAUCAGAGACCAUCAAACCUUAGACUACCUAUUACUAUACGUGAUCUAUUCCUUGGACACUUUGACAUACUAGGAUCACCCAAAAGAAUCUUCUUUGAGAUGUUACAGUUCUUUGUCUCUGAUCCAAACUUCAAAGAACGACUCCAAUAUUUCUCCUCCAAGGAGGCUCAGGAUGACCUUAGACAGUAUAAUCAAAAGGAGAAAAGGAACUAUAUCGAUGUAUUGAAGGACUUUAAUUGCACGAGCAUACCAUUCGAAUACAUGUUUGAUCUGGUGUCACAGAUGAAACCAAGACCAUUCUCAAUAUCAUCAUCAUCAUUGGUACAUCCGCAAACUAUACACAUCACAGCUGGUCUCGUCAAGUAUUCAUGUCCACUUAGAAAGCUCACUAGGAUGGGACUAUGCUCCAAAUGGUUCGAAUCAUUACAAUGUGGCACCAAGAUUGCAAUGUACGUCAAGGCCAGUGGCGCCAAGCCUCCAUCAUCCCUCCUCACCCCACUGAUCAUGGUUGGACCCGGUACAGGAUGUGCAAUGUUUCGAUCAUUCAUUCAACAACGUGAUCACCUGAUCAAACAUCAUCAGGGGUCCAAGGCAGACCUUGGACAAGGCCAAUCAUUAUUCUACUUUGGAUGUAGACAUCGAGAUCAGGACUAUUUGUAUCGCGAUGAGUUUGAACAGUAUCAUGAUUGUAGCACGCUGACCAAGUUGAGUGUGGCAUUCUCAAGAGAUCAGGAACAAAAGGUUUAUGUUCAACAUAUGAUGAAGUUGGAUUCCAAGUUGAUCUGGUCAUUGUUGGAGAGUGGUGCCUACUUCUAUAUAUCAGGCGCAUCAGGUCGCAUGCCAAAAGAUGUUAGGGCUCAACUGAUCAACAUAAUCAAAGAGAAUAUUGGAGUUGGAGUGGCGAGCAACAGUGACCCUGGUACUGUAAAUGGCGAUGGUGAUGUUGAUCCAGCACAACAAUAUCUUGAUCGAUUGGAGAAGGAAAAGAGAUACAUCACAGAGACA